CGCACCAAAUUAUGAUUUCGAGCAUCUGUUUACAUGAAGUUUCGCAAUGAUUUCGUAAAACUCACUUUAGAUUAGAGUGUAACAUCCCUAUAUUUUAGAUAGACACAGAAAAGACAUGUCUAACAACAUUAACGGUGAUAUGAACAUUAUGUCAAACCCCGAUCAUUCUUCAGAUAAUCGAACGAGCCCUAAGAAAGAAUUGAGAAAACCUCACGAAUCAACUCAAGCAAGGUUAUCAUAUGGUCCAGGUUCUAGAGAAGCAUCAUUAAGUCCUGCAAAGAAGACAACCUUAUCAGCUACAGCUAAAGAAUUUGUACCUAAAGCAGCUUCCAAUCUUUCUGUAGCUGCUGCUGAAUUUGUACCCAGACAGUCACCAUUUCCAACUUAUGCUAAUCAGAAUAAUUUAUUUGAAGAUUUUCAACGAUUAGUGAAUAUUCGUCCACAUGAUAUCAAUCAGUCUGGGCCAUCUCCAUCAGUAGAAAACAUCAUUGAUGCCUUCAAUAGUAUAUUAUAUGAAAUGACAAUACAACCUGGUAGUGUUGAAGAUUCAUUAAAACCUUUUGUAGAUUUGCUCCAGAACUGCUCUGAUGACCAAGCUAUUAAUGGCAUCGUAGAAAGCUUGUUUGAACAGAGUAUAAUAGAACCAAAUUUUCGAUAUACUGGUGCAAAAGUUGUGCAGUAUUUAUCUAAUCAACUUAAAGGAAAUGCAGCCUUUGCCAACUUUAGAACCCAAUUCCUUACACGAUGCAAAGAAGAAUAUUUAAAAAAAGAAGAAUUAAUAACUCAUCCAGAAACAGUUUCUAGAUUGUGUGGAUUUACAAUGUUUAUGGGAGAACUAUUUUUGAAUGUAGAAGUAGAAAAUGCACAAGGUGCUACACAAAAAAUAGCUGUAAUUAGAUUUGUUAUUAGAGAUUUACUGCUGGUAUUACUGGAACAUUCAACAGAUGAAACAGUUAAAUCUGCUACACAAUUAUUAAAAAUGGCAGGAGCUGCAAUUGAAGAUACAGGACAUUUGAAUAAACCUGAAGAAGGAAAUUAUAGUGAAAUAUUUGUACGUCUUGGUCAGUUACAGUCAAAUCAGCAUUUAAAUAAGACAAGUCAAUGUUUGAUAUCAUCGGUUUUAAAUCUUAAGUCCAGUAACUGGGGUAGAAGAGAUUCAGCAUCUUCUCAGCCAAAUAUGUCUUUUCAGAACCAACAGGAUUAUGAUCUGAAUGAGCCAAUAUUUUAUAACAGUAAAGGGCAGCCUAUCACCAGAGAAGAGGCAGGUUUUAAUGACUAUAACAGUUAUUUAAUGGCAGAGGAAGAGGCAGCUGAGGAAUAUGCCAGAUGGGAGGCUGGAGAAUUAGAUGAUGGUCAAUUUUAUCCUUCCUGGUCAGCAUAUCCUGAAAACUAUGAUUAUCAACAGAUAGAACAUUAUGACGACGGCUAUACAGGUAUGGAUGAUGAAAUGGAGGCAGCUUAUGAAGAAUUUUUAAAAUCUCAAGUUCAAGGUCGACAUCAUCACUGAUAGCAAUCAUCCACCAUUAUUUAUUAGUGCUUUUUUCUUUUGGUGCAAACAAAAUAACAUAUACUAUGUGAUGUACCUAAAAAUUGUAAAAAAAUUACAAAUAUAUAAACUUAUUUCACAUCAAGGUGAAACCAUAAAAAUUGCUGAAUGUAAAUAUUUGUGUACAGUUUUAUGUUUAUUUCAACAAGAUUUGACAGGUUCUUCUCGUGGAAACUGAUAGAAGGUUAAGUGCAUUGGUACCAGGAUAUUUUAUAAUCUUCUGCUACUUCUCAAAGAAAUAUUGUUUUCAUCAGUCGACAUCGUGAGAGUAAGAAAACAUUGAGCUGGUAUAAGACUCUGAUACAAUUCUUAAUUUACUCGUUUUAAAUUUCUAUGAAAAGUUAACUGCCACUGUCAGUCUAGCGUAGUUUAGUUAUGAUAAGUCUACUUGCCUUAUUAAUACAUAGGCAAUAUAUUUAAGGCGUUUGAUCUUUUCAGAGGCUGUGAUCAUUAACCCACCCUGUAUUACAUGUAAAUAUUAUGUGAAAAUGUUGAUAGUUAAAAUGCGUACAUUUAUCAUACAUAAACAGAACAGUUUCUUAUUGAAAUUCCGUGAAAAUUAGCAUUUUCUGUUUUCUAUAAAUCUUUCAAGAAAGCCAUUUCUUGAAGACUCUAUUGGACAAAAAAAAUAUUAUUUGAUAGAAAUUAUUUCCAUUGCUAGUAGUACUGGUUCACUUCAGAGGAGAGCAAUGGGAAAAGCUCAUAUUCUCAGAUUAUUUUCAUGAAAUAUAUGGUUCAUAUUUAAUUUCUCAACACUCAAGGUCUCCCAACUUCCAACAUAUUCUAACAAAAUUGAAAUGUUCAUAUGUGUUCUUAAUACUUGCCAAAAAUGGUAAUAACUGCUAUAUCAUUUUUGGGUCAAAUUCAGGCUUUCGAAAUUACUUUUUUGAAAAGGCUACUUUCUUGCUGAACUGUGAAUAACAUAACUAUCUGCUACUUUAAGAAUACCUGCAGAUUGUCCAUCUUUUAAACUAAUCAUUCUACAAUUUAUUAUAACUGUACCAGGUAAUAAAGAAUUCUUCCAAAAAAUUAUUUCUAAUAUCUUAUGGCCAGAUGUUCUUGGUAUAGUGAUCUAUGUCUUCGUUUGUAAUUUGUAUUUUUCUCUGUGCUUUCUUUUGUUCUUAAAUGCUUUUAAGUUUAAAACAAUAAAAAAAAAUACACAUGCUUAUUUCAAAUUAGAGAAAAAAAUCGAGUUUUUUGUGCGGUACUCACAGUGGGGUACCUGCUAUUUGUUAUAAACGGUCAGACUGCAUACUUUGUGUGACCUGACACUACUACACACAAUGUGAUCGUUGAUGAAUUGAGGGCAAUAGAAGAAAGUAUAUGGAGGAUAUAUAUUAGCUUGAAAAUUAAUUUACAUGAGUGAUUGUAUUAAAAAGAAAGAUGAUGUUAUUAUUGUUUAUAUUUUUUUUCGUUAUGAUUGCUUUUAACAUAAAUUAGCUCAAAGAAAGCAUUUGAUAACAUACUGGUCAUUGUCAUAUCAUACACGUGGAUGUUUUUAGUAAAGAUUUAUAUGUUGAGGAACAUUAACAACUCAACCACUCAGAAACUUAUGUUUGUCACCAGUCAUUAUUUAUCAACUUAUUGCCAGAACCAAAUACAACAAACAGGAUGUAUGAUUCCAUUUGUUGAAAUAAGACAGCAAAAAAGAAAGACCUAAAUAGUAUGCUGGAAUAAAAGAAAAAAAGAUGGUAGAUAAAAAUAAACUACUAUAUCUUUUCUAAAAGCUGAGUGAUUGAAUGUCAAAAGUUCAAACCUAAAUUUGUACACAAAAAAAUUCACUGUGUAUUUAAUUGGAGGAAAUGUACAUUUUUGAAGUGUAUGAUCAAGAAUUUUGGAUAAUCAAGGCUUUCUGAUGAAGUUGGCACACAAACUAUUAUGUAAUAUAUUGUUCCAUAUGUUAAUUUAUGUUUUGUCAUUCAACAAACCUGUUUGUGUGCAAUCAGAAAAGUCCAAAAUAAAAUUCAGAUCUAUA